GGAGGAAUCUUUGUUGAAAGUCGCAAAAGAGAAACGAGAGAAGCAAUCUGGGCGUAGUCAAGCCACGUGACUAGUGGAGGCUCGAGUGGCGGCGAGUGCGAAGAUGCCGCGGAAUGCCUUCCCCGGGCCGGGCUAGCUCGACUCGCGGCUCGAGGUAGGCACGCGAAGCUCGAAGAGGUCUACUCUGUUCGCGCCGUUCCUCCUCGUGGUCAUUCCAACCGGGAAUUCUCGAAAGCCGGUUGUGCAGCAGAUUAUAAGAUCGCGAUGGACGUCGAAACCGGCGCCAUCUUGGCACUUCAGAUUUUAGCCCUUUGCUCUAUAGCUGCUGCACUACUUGCUUAUCUGAUGCGACAAUCAAGAAAUGCCGGAGACGAAUACGAGUUGCGAAACAAACGUCACGUACUCGUAACCAACUGCGAUACGUGCGUGGGUCUACAGAUUGCCCUUGCACUCUCUGAAGCCGGUUACAAGGUAUUCGCUGGUCUACCAAAUCCAUUGGAAAAUUCACCAUCCAUGAAAAUUUUAAAGGCGGUAGAACAAGAACGUGAAAAAGAAAUGGACAAUAAUGACGCGAGUAACGAUAAGAUUCAACUUCGUACUCGAGGACAAAUCGUGCCAUUGGAGUUAGAUCCAACUAGGGAAGACAGUCUACAUGCUUCCUUGGACGCCGUCAGAGCAAAACUUCCAGCUGGAGAAGAUGGUCUCUGGGCAGUGAUACAUACCGGUGGCUUGGCAUUACCGGGUUCUAUAGAAAAGCAAACCAGUUCAGCGUGGGAAUCUAUGCUGCGACACAAUCUGGUCGCACCCCUUAGAACGGCCAGAGUGUUUAUCCCUCUUUUGCGUGUUAAAAGAGGUCGCAUCGUUCUCCUGGGUGAUUCCGAGACGAGCUACGCUAGCAAAGCCGGAACAGGGUUGGUAGCAUUCACUGCUUCUCGUAAAGCUGUGGAAGGGGCUGCUACGGCAUUAAAGAGCGAAUUACAUUCUUCGGGUGUUGACGUCGUGCUUCUCAAACCACCACCCGUGAAUCCCCUCGUCCUUUAUGCAUCGCCUGUUCUCAAGACGGUCGACGUCGAAUCGGGUGUUACGUCUUCCGAGGGAACGUGGAUCGCACCUUUAUCGAAUUACUCGGUUCAAAACUCUCUAAUACCUGCCUUAACGACACCCUGUCCAUUAAGUUCGUACGAUAUGAGCUUAAAGACCAAAUUGUUCUGGCGAUAAAUAUUAUAAUAAGAAAGAAAUGUUUUUAUUUAUAUAAGAUCUAUCUUUUCUAUUUCUUUCUCUCUACGCAAGAUGAAAGCGAUAGACUGUAAAUUUUGUAGUACUGUUAAAUAACGAUUUGUACAGUUUUGUAAACAAUUUAGAAUAAAAAUGUCUAGCAUAGAAA